CUUUCAGGCCACGCACAGUCGUCCGGCCGCCGCGUGUUGGCGUUCGCGUCUGAUUUAACUGGGAAAGCAAAAAAAGUAAUAAAGAUAAAACAAACGUAUUUGCUUAACAACUCUCUCGUCCGUGAACGUGUCCGCACGAUUUCCAAAAAGUAUGAAUAGUGACCGCUGCAAUUGAUAUUCGGAUAACGACCACUAACACCGUAGCUUCUAAACGGAUAGGACAAAUACAAAACAAUGGCGUCGCUCCAGCGUUUAUCGUUCGUGCCGUCUGUGAACAAUCUAUCACACCAAAGACUCCAGGACAGCGACGAAAAUUCUACAGACGACGAUGAGAGUUCACCCCUGACCCAAGACUUAUACGGAGGAAGUCAGAGGACCGUUGCAGAAACAAAAGCAUGGGACGUGUUCCGAGACUUGCCACCACGCAGCGACAGUGGCUCCAUGACCAAUCAGGCAUGUCUUGAGUUCACCAUUCGUGUUCUCAAAAUGCUUGCUUACCUGACCACGUUUAUCAUAGUCUUAUGCUGCGGUGUCAUGGCCAAAUCCAGCAUGUUUUUCAUGACUUCUCAAAUACGAGCCGACCGGGUGGUGACGUACUGCAACAAAGAUCUGAGUCGUGACAAGCUCUACGUAGUUAACUUGCCCACAGAAGAACGAGUCGUGUGGAUAUGGUGUCUUCUAUUAGCGUUCAUCGUUCCCGAACUGGGAACCCUAAUCCGAUCCAUUAGGAUAUGUUUCUUUAAAUCUUGUCGAAAACCGCCGCUUAAAGAUUUCGUUUUCGUUUUAGUCAUGGAAACCUUACACGUUUUUGGCAUCGUCCUGCUGGUCUAUGUAGUGUUACCCAGCUUGGACGUAAUUAAAGGUGCAAUGCUUACCAAUUGUCUUUGUUUCGUACCGGCAUUACUCAGCUUAUUGUCGAGAACCACAAAAGGAUGCAAGACUAAUUCGGAAAAAUCAGAAGUUUAUGCCAAAGUUUUGAUGGACUUAAUCGCUGUCGCUUCGCAAGCCACCGGCUUUUUCUUGUGGCCUCUGUUGCACCCGGAACAACAAAUGAACACUUUCAUUAUACCAAUAACAGUGUUCUGUAUUUCUUGCGGUUAUUGGGAAAACUAUACGACUAAGCACACACUGUUCGGAUUUAUGCGGUUUGCAUACCUCAUUAAAGACCGCAUGAAAAGGACACGGUAUUUCAUAUACAUGUUGAUAUCCGUAUGGAAAAUGAUGUGUUUCUUGUGCUUCAUGCUAAUAAUCAUGUUUAUAAAAGGCGAAAGCGUCACGCAAUUGUUUACAUUGGUCAACGCCGGGCUCUCGAAUCACAAGAUACAAGUCCUGGAGGUGAACCAAGUACUACGAAAUGGCGCUACUCUUCCUGAUCUUUCGGACAUUAUCACAACCGGUGACACAGUAGACGUGGACGCAGAAUAUAUAACCGCCUUACAUGUUCUGCUCAUACAAAUUAUAUCGGCGUACCUUUGCUAUAUAUUCGGUAAAUUCGCUUGCAAGAUCAUGAUCCAGGGAUUUAGUUACGCGUUCCCGGUUAAUCUAACCGUACCAGUCACCAUGUCAGCAUUAAUAAUCGCAUGCGGGUUGCGGCACGACGAUCCGUGUUUCUUCCACGAAUCCAUUCCCGACUACUUGUUUUUCGAUUCACCCGAUGUGAACUUUCUCAAUAAUUUCAUCGCCAAAGAGCACGUUUGGGUUUGGUUAUUGUGGCUUUUGUCUCAGACGUGGGUGACCCUGCACAUUUGGACGCCAAAAUGCGAACGUUUGGCCACCACUGAAAAGUUGUUCGCAAGACCAAUGUACGAUGCUCUGCUGAUUGACCAAUCGUUGGGCAUGAACAGGAGGUGUGACGAUGAGAAAGACGUAAAAACCGAAGAACUGGCCGACAGAGAAAAAGAACCGGACGAGUACUACGAGACGAUAUCGGUGCACACGGACGUGAGUAGCACCACGCCGAAAACAGUAAAGAAAUCCGACAGUAUCACCAAGAUAUACGCAUGCGCGACUAUGUGGCACGAAACCCACGAGGAGAUGAUGGAAAUGUUGAAGUCAAUACUUCGAAUGGACGAAGACCAAUGUGCGCGCCGAGUGGCUCAGAAAUACUUGCGAGUAGUCGACCCCGACUACUACGAAUUUGAAACGCACAUAUUCUUGGAUGACGGUUUUGAAAUCAGUGAUGAAAACGACGACUGGAGUCAAGUAAAUAGGUUCGUCAAGCUGUUCGUGACCACCAUUGACGAGGCGGCCACACACGUACACGAAACGAACAUACGCAUCAAACCGCCGACCAAGUAUCCGACCCCAUACGGUGGCCGGUUAGUGUGGACAUUGCCGGGUAAAACCAAACUGACAGUACACAUCAAAGACAAAUCAAAAAUUCGUCACAGAAAACGAUGGAGUCAGGUUAUGUAUAUGUACUAUCUGCUCGGCCAUCGACUUAUGGAGCUGCCAAUAUCGGUCGAGCGGAAAGAAGUAAUAGCGGAAAACACAUUCUUACUGACACUGGACGGAGACAUUGACUUUCAACCACAUGCAGUCCGAUUACUAAUAGAUCUAAUGAAAAAGAACAAAAACUUGGGAGCCGCUUGUGGCAGAAUCCAUCCUGUUGGAGCCGGUCCGUUGGCUUGGUACCAAAUAUUCGAGUACGCAAUCGGCCAUUGGCUGCAAAAGGCUACUGAACACAUGAUUGGUUGUGUCCUGUGUAGUCCAGGAUGUUUCUCGCUCUUUAGAGGUAAAGCUCUGAUGGACGAUAACGUUAUGAGGAGGUACACGAUGAAGUCGGACGAAGCCAGACAUUAUGUGCAAUACGAUCAAGGCGAAGACAGAUGGCUAUGUACGCUCCUACUGCAAAGAGGAUACCGUGUGGAGUAUUCGGCUGCGAGCGAUGCUUACACUCAUUGUCCAGAAAGCUUUAAUGAGUUCUACAAUCAACGUCGUCGAUGGGUACCGUCGACAAUGGCCAAUAUUAUGGACUUGCUAAUGGACUACAAGAAGACAAUUAAGAUUAACGACAACAUUUCAAUGCCUUAUAUCAGUUACCACAUCAUGUUGAUGGGAGGUACAAUUCUGGGUCCGGGCACGAUAUUUCUUAUGUUGGUUGGAGCUUUUGUGGCUGUUUUCCACAUAGACAACUGGACGAGUUUCUAUUACAAUAUAAUUCCGAUUCUGACAUUUGUUUUCGUGUGCUUUACUUGCAAAUCACACAUACAGUUGCUCCUGGCGCAAAUACUUUCGGCAAUCUACGCGCUAGUAAUGAUGGCCGUCAUUGUCGGUACGGCUUUACAGCUGGGUGAGGACGGCAUCGGUUCGCCAUCGGCCAUUUUCCUGAUAGCCAUGUUGGGCUCGUUCUUUAUAGCAGCAUUACUACAUCCACAAGAGUUCUCUUGUAUAAUCUUCUUCUCAAUAUACUUGCUAUCUAUUCCAUCGAUGUACUUGCUUUUAAUUUUGUACUCAAUCAUCAAUCUCAACAUCGUCACGUGGGGUACAAGAGAAGUUCAAGUAAAGAGGACGAAAAAAGAAAUCGAAGCGGAAAAGAAAGCGGCGGAAGAAGCAGAGAAAAAGAACAAACAAAAAUCAAUGCUCGGUUUCUUGCAAAAUUUGGACCCCAACGCCAACAAUGAAGAAGGAUCGUUUGAACUUUCCUUCGCCGGCCUGUUUAAAUGCAUGUUCUGUACUUACCAAAAACCUGUGGACGAGCGCCAACAGCUAGUCAGAAUUGCAGAUUCACUUGAAGGACUAGGCAAACGGAUGGACCUCAUCGAAAAAAGUAUAAUCGACCCGACGUCGGUUAAUCGCAGAAGGAACAUUUCAACAAGCAGCGUACCGCAUCAGAAUGCGCUGAAUCCUGUGCAAGAAGAAUCGUCAGAAAACGACCAUUCCGAAACCGAAACAGACGAGGAAUCUUUAGAACCGAAAGUGGAGCGCAAUGACGACAUUAACCCUUUUUGGAUCGAAGACAAAGCGUUAAAAAAAGGUGCGGUGGCAUUUUUAUCAGUGAGCGAACAAUUGUUCUGGAAGGACUUGAUAGACAAAUAUUUAUACCCGAUCGACGAAGAUAAGAACGAGAAAGCUCGUAUCGCAUCAGACUUAAUCGAGCUGAGAAACAAAUCUGUGUUUUCGUUUUUUAUGAUCAACGCUCUUUUCGUGCUCGUCGUAUUCUUGCUUCAGCUGAACAAAGACAAACUCCAUUUAGACUGGCCACUGGGCGUAAAAACCAAUAUUACCACAAUACCAGAAACGUCAGAAAUCAUUAUCACUAAGGAGUACCUUCACUUGGAACCUAUCGGUCUGGUGUUCGUGUUCUUCUUCGCGUUCAUCAUGGUCAUUCAGUUCACGGCUAUGUUGUUCCAUCGUUUCGGAACUCUGUCACACAUACUCGCGUCUACCGACCUGAACUUCUGUUGGAACAAAACGACUGAAGAAUUGACACAAGACGGUCUUCUAGACAAGCAAGCUGUGGUCAUAGUUAAACAUCUGCAACGUUUGAAAGGUAUCAAUGGCGAUUAUGACAAUGAUUCGGGAUCGAGCGGAGGAAACGUUGGCCGACGAAGGACGAUCUACAAUUUGGAGAAACAAAGGCAGAAGACUCGGACGAUAGGAACGCUGGAUGUAGCGUUCCGGAAAAGGUUUUUGCAAAUGAAAAUGGGCGAAGACGAAGACGAACCGCAAGGUACUCCGGUGUUGGGUAGAAAGCUGACUAUGGGCAAAGAAGUGCGCCAGGCACUGGAAGUCAGGAGAAGGUCGAUGCAAGCUGAGCGGCGAAAGUCUCAGAUGCAAACUUUAGGGGCCAGCAACGCGUUUAAUCAGGCUCAGCGGCAAUCGAACGCGGGUAUUAGUGUCAAAGACAUAUUCAAAGGCAGCCAAAAUCCCGCAUAUGAACAUGACGAAGGUGAACUACAAUUGCAAACCAUGAAUUAAUCAAAAACGAGAAGAAAAAAUAAAACCUAACCGGAGCGAAUUGGACGCCAAGCGUUUCUAGUCAACAUAUUUUUUUUUGUAUUUUUGUAACUCUGCCAUCAGACGUAAUGUAUGUCAGUCGACUCCUCGCGUAAUUGACGUUUUGUGUUCAAAAAUUAAAAAAAAAAGAUAAUGUCAAAAACAGUUUUUCUUUGUACUCGGUUAUAGAUAUUAUAAUUUAUAAUAAUUAAUACUCUACGACAAAGGCUAAUACACGAUAAUACAUGGCCAAAAGCAGUUUACCUACUUAAAUAUAUAUUAAGUAAUAUUAAUUCAUUUUAAAAUCCAAGACAUUGAAAUCUUAACUAAUGACACUGUAUUGUGUACACUCGUUUCAAUAAUAAUGUACCUAGUAUGAAAUUUUUUUAAUUAAAUGUUGUUGCUCAUUA